AUGCAACCUCAGAAACAGGCAGAGGAGGCCAUAGUCUCAAGCUUCAACCAAACUGAUCAUCAUGAUGACAGAGAGGAAGAAGAAGGACCAGAUCAUCAGUCUGCUUUUAGCCUCACAAGCUUUCUCUGGCAUGGUGGCUCCGUCUAUGAUGCCUGGUUCAGCUGUGCAUCAAAUCAGGUUGCUCAGGUUCUGCUCACUCUGCCAUACUCUUUCUCCCAACUGGGCAUGCUUUCAGGCAUCAUAUUCCAAAUUUUUUAUGGUAUUUUGGGAAGCUGGACUGCUUAUCUGAUCAGUAUUCUCUACGUUGAGUACCGAAGUCGAAAAGAAAAAGAAAAUGUCAGCUUCAAGAACCAUGUCAUCCAGUGGUUUGAAGUGUUAGAUGGUUUACUGGGUCCAUACUGGAAAGCCGUUGGAUUGGCCUUCAACUGCACUUUCCUUCUCUUUGGAUCUGUUAUCCAACUCAUAGGUUGUGCAAGCAACAUAUACUAUAUAAAUGACAAUCUGGACAAGAGGACAUGGACGUACAUAUUCGGAGCUUGCUGUGCCACCACUGUGUUCAUACCCUCUUUCCACAACUACAGAAUCUGGUCUUUUCUUGGGCUUGGCAUGACCACCUACACUGCUUGGUAUAUGACCAUUGCAGCCAUAGUUCAUGGCCAGGUUGAGGGUGUAACACACUCAGGACCAAAUAAAAUGGUCUUGUAUUUCACUGGCGCCACCAACAUACUCUACACUUUCGGCGGCCACGCCGUCACUGUGGAAAUUAUGCAUGCAAUGUGGAAGCCUCAGAAGUUUAAGUAUGUCUAUCUCUUUGCUACCCUCUAUGUAUUCACUCUCACCCUUCCAUCUGCAACUGCUGUGUACUGGGCCUUUGGGGACCAACUCCUCACUCACUCAAACGCCUUCGCCCUCCUUCCCCGGAAUAAAUGGCGCGAUGCCGGGGUCACCUUGAUGCUUAUUCACCAGUUUAUCACAUUUGGGUUUGCUUGUACGCCUUUGUAUUUUGUGUGGGAGAAAGUCAUAGGAAUGCAUGACACCAAGAGCAUAUGUUUGAGGGCUCUUGCCAGGUUGCCUGUGGUGAUACCAAUUUGGUUCUUGGCCAUCAUAUUCCCCUUCUUUGGUCCCAUUAACUCAGCUGUUGGGUCUCUUUUGGUCAGCUUCACUGUCUACAUCAUCCCCGCCUUAGCCCAUAUGCUCACUUUCAGAUCCGCAACUGCUCGUCAGAACGCGGCAGAGAAGCUUCCAUUCUUCCUCCCGAGCUGGACGGGGAUGUAUGUGGUGAACGCAUUUAUAGUGGUGUGGGUGUUCAUAGUCGGCUUCGGAUUUGGAGGGUGGGCUAGCAUGACCAACUUCAUCAAGCAAGUUGACACUUUUGGGUUGUUCGCCAAGUGCUACCAGUGCCCUCCCAAAGUCUCAGCCUCCCCACCAGUACAUCACUAA